AUGAACCUGAUCCUUUCUGGUCAGGAUUUUGCUGAGACCUUGCAUGCAUACGUGCUGCCCUUUUCAGCCGUUGUCCUGUGUCUUUAUCCUCCAAUUCUCUUUCUUCGCAUGCUCACAGCGGGCCUGGCUCGCACAGAGCAGAAUGAUUUUCAUCCAGUACCUGACCGAGAAUAUCCGAAUUCCACGGAUCGUGCUGGAGCAUGCACCACAUUUGCAGCGAUUGCGGCCCUAGCUCCCUUGUUGUUGGUUUUCCCGGGCGGCUGCGGCUUCUCUGUGGGACCAGCUGUGCCGCAGCAGCGAGAUGUCACAGAUCUUUUGCUAGUAGGAAUUGCUUCGAAUGCAGACUCUCACAGCUCUCAGAAGAGCAUGUCUUCUUCUGUUUGUGAAUCCAUGGGUUGCUUGAUGGGCGUUGGCAUGGUGUCCAUCGCCAUGAGAUCCUUGUUCCAAACAGUUGCCAGAGCAAGAGGGGAGCGAGCCGAGCGUCGAAAGCUUGGCAAGGCAAAGUUGAUCAGGAAUCCCAGUGGCAUUCUACGCCGCUGUAGCGCGAGGGAACGCGAGGAAGGCAGUGGGGAAGCCCGUUCUCACGACUAUGCCAGACUGGUUCGGGAUGUCCCGGUCUGGGAAGAACCCCCGGCUACAGCAACUUCCCAUUGGCACCAUACUGAUCUUUUUGUGCAAGAUUGGCUGGACGAGGAUACCGGUUUGUUUCGAUACAUCAACGAAAUGCCACAGGGAUCUCUACAGAAAUUCGAGCUCCAGACUGGUCUCGAGCAUAAUGUACUCCGAGAGGAUGCAGAAGGAUCUCGAAGAUUGCGGUCAUUUGGAAGACCGGUUCCCUUCAACUACGGUUGUUUCCCGCAAACAUAUCGUGACCCAGACGAGCGCGAUGAGCUUCACGAUGCCCCGGGUGACAAUGAUCCCCUGGAUGUGAUAGAUAUCAGUCUGACGCCUGCAAAUGUUGGAGACGUCGUAAUUUGUCGUCCGCUUGGCGCAGUUUGCCUUAUUGACGAAGGUCAGGCGGACUGGAAGAUCCUUGUUGUAAACACGCAGCUUGAUAGUCCUCUCGCUUCUGCCCGGAGCACUGCGGAAGUGGAGUCGCUAUGCCCUGGGCGAAUCCGAGAGAUUCUCCAAUGGAUAGAUGACUUCAAGCAGCACAGCUCCCAUGGACAUACAAAGCUUCACUCUGAGGUACAUGAUUCCAAAGUUGCUAAGUCUCUCAUCAGAAAGGACCAUGCAGCUUGGAGACGCUUGGUCUCCAGAGCUGAUGCAUCUGGCUAUGCUUGCGGGCAUUGGAUUGCCAUGCCCGAAGCAUCCCCAGAGGUCCUGCAAGUUUCAUGGCAAAGUUCGCAUGCAGCCUCCCCGUUGACGGGGGCAACAAAGCCGCGCAUGUCGACUUACACAGAGGCUUCGCAAGCUUUGCGGCGGCAGUCCUCCAGUAGCGAUGGAGAGACUUCCUCCUCAGAAAAGAGCCCCUAA